GACCUUCGUUUUGUGUGUAUCAAUAAUAAGAGAUUAGACUCCGGCAGUAUUUAAGAGUUACGCGUUUAUCCGAGCACUUUCUUCAUUAUUAUUUGCUCCUCCACUGUAGCCUAUUGUGCAGGCUACAGACGCAACCAUGACCAUAAGAAAUGUACUGGAUCAUGGACAACGUUAUAGACCACGGAUGGCUUGUCUGAAAAAGAUGGAAGCUGUGGUGUUGGAAAUGCAAGAACCCAAGACAGGGGUGAAAUCACAGACACAGAGGCUGGUCAUUACCACCAUUCCUCAUGCCAUCACAGGUGAAGAUAUUGUUGAAUGGAUUUCUAAUCGUUUCAAAAUAGAUGCUGCCGAGGCCCAACUCAUGGGUACCCUGAUGGUGUCCUAUGGAUACAUUUAUCCACUGCAGGAUUAUAAGAGACUCAUCAUGAAAGCGGACACCUCACUGUAUCGUUUCCAGACACCAUAUUUCUGGCCAGCACAGCAAUGGCUAGUGGAGGACACAGACUACGCAAUAUACUUGGCAAAGAGAAAUAUACGUAAAAAGGGGAUGUUAGAGCUGCAUGAACAGGAGCAGUACAAUCAUCUUCACAAAUGGAUGAAUCACAAGUGGGACUUCAUUGUGAUGCAGGCCAAAGAACAGUACAGGGCAGGAAAAGAGAGGAAGAAACCAGACAGGGUGGUGUUUGACUGCCAAGAAAGAGCCUACUGGGUAGUGCACAGACCCCCGCCAGGAACAACAAGUGGGAUGGACUAUGGACUAGAGCGACUAGUGGAUCCCAAUCAGGAGGAGAAAAAAACAUCUGACUUCUACAGAAGACUAAUUCUCUUCACUCAGCAAAGUAUCAUGAGGCCCAGAGUGAAGUCAUCUGUAUCAAUUGGAGCCCUUGUGAAGUACACCACAACAUACAAACAGCAUGACCCCAUCUUGUAUCCAUGCCUUCCGAGUAACCCCUGGCUGACAGAUGAUGUGACAUACUGGGACCUUAACAAACCAAAUGUUGAGAAUCCUACAAGAAUGAGAGUGGAGCGCUGGACGUUCAGCUUUGGUGAGCUGCUCUCUGAUCCUCGCGGGAGGGCGGAUUUUCGUCUCUUCCUGAAGAAGGAAUUCAGUGGUGAGAACCUUGCAUUCUGGGAGGCCUGUGAAGAUCUGAAAUGGGGUGCUGCAGCUACAAUGCAAGAGAAAGCUCAGCAGAUCUAUAAGACUUUCCUGGCUCGCGGAGCACCUCGGUGGAUUAACAUUGAUGGAAAGACCAUGGAGAUCACUGUGAAGGGUCUGUCUCACCCUCAUCGCUAUGUUCUGGAUGCUGCCCAGACCCAUAUCUACAUGCUAAUGAAAAAGGACUCAUAUGGCCGAUAUCUGAAGUCCCCAGUGUUUAAGGACACGCAGAUUAAGGCGGUGUCUCCCGAGCCUCACAGAUUCAGUGAAGCCCAGCUGGAACAGAAUGCCAGGAAGCGGAGGCCAAGCCUGAGUCCCAUCAUCCUGAGACAACAGGAGGAGGAGCAGAAGGCCAAGCUGGCUGCCAGUGGCCCUGUGGACAUCACACAGCUGUGCAGGUUCACUGCACCCGUGCCCCACCUGGCUGUGUACACAGGUAUCUGUGAGACCCAAUCCACCGCUUCCCCAGGACUCACGACACUGCCCAACAGUGCGGCUUGCCCCUCUCCUAUCAGUGUCGCCAUCGACAGCACCCCGGCCUCUGAGAGGCGUUUUGACAGCGGAGGGCCUGCCUCGUCCCAUUUCCCCUCUAUAGCAGAGAGUGGCGAGGCAUCUGGGGCGGAGCAGAGGCAGCCCCCCGCAUCCAAGUCCCGCGUAGCCCUGUCCUUGAGUCGUCUGCUUCGCAGGGGGUGCAAUGCCCCAUCAGUGUUUGCCAGCCUGUCGCCAAAAUGUGCUGUGACUGCAGGGGGCGGUAGAGUGCAGCCACUUGGAGUCCAGCCGCACACACAGCCCCAGCCGAGGAGGAUUGCAAACUUUUUCCAAAUCAAAGUGGACAUCCCCCCCGAAUGCCGCAUCUAUCCCAUUGACUCUGAGGAUGAAGUGGAGGGGAGUCCUGGUGCAGCAAGAGGGGGUGUGAAGGAAAUUAUAUGCCCCUGGGAAACAGUGACCAAGCAUGACGGAGCAGGAUAGAGGGAAAACCACAAAGAGAAAAAGCGGGAUAUGCAGAGAAACUUGUGUAUGUCACUGUCACCAUCUUAUUCACACAGACAUGAGAAACUCAUACAUGUCAUGGAGUCACCGUCUUUGUCAUGCAGAUAUUAUCUGGGCAUUUUUGGAGUAACAACAUUUCAGAAUUAACUCCGUAUUUCUGAUAGCUUUCAAGUAGUGCCUACAUGUUCUAGUAGCUGGUGGAACAACCUGGUUAUAACGUGGGAUUUUAUAUAUGUAUUUAGCUGUUUAUACUAUCUGUGGGUAUGACAAGAGGAGGCCUUAUUUUAGAGGAGUUUUCUUUUCUCAAAACUGUGGUCAAAUUGUUUAGUAAUGAAAACAAAGAUUUUGUAUCUGAUAUGUUCUUCAUUUUCUAUCUAUUAAAGAUGCAUUAAUGCAAAUGCCUUUGA